UUCAUGUCGAUGUGCGCGAUCGACGGUGGUGGACAAAUGGUGAAUUUUGUUAAACAGAAGGUUAUAGCAGUAGUGAUGAUUGUCAGUUACAAAAAUAUUGGAUUAAACCAAAAAUGAUUUCGAUAUUACAAUGCAAUUAGCUACGUUUUUGCAGCAUUAUUAGACACUCAAUCAAAUAUGAAGGCGAAACCUUCGAAAAGGGUAGCAGGGAUUAUCAUAAGAUCCAGAAAAUCAAUAGCCAAAGAUGCCGUAGUGACGAACUCUGGUAUAGGGAUGCCCAGCCUAUACCAUGCCCUGGUGGUGAUCUUUCUGGAAUUUUUUGCGUGGGGGCUGCUCACCAUGCCCCUCAUUCAAGUUUUGAACACGACAUUCCCAGACCACACUUUUUUAAUGAACGGACUCAUUAUGGGCAUCAAAGGCAUAUUGUCGUUUUUAAGUGCACCAUUGGUUGGAGCCCUGAGUGAUGUGUGUGGCCGCAAAUUGUUCCUUUUAGUCACUGUUUUCUUCACCUGUCUACCCAUACCCCUGAUGACGAUCAACAAUUUCUGGUUCUUCGCCAUGAUUAGCAUUUCUGGGGUCUUUGCCGUGACUUUUAGCGUGGUUUUUGCUUAUGUUGCCGAUGUUACGGAUGAAAGAGACAGGUCCUUGGCCUACGGACUGGUCAGCGCCACUUUCGCUGCAAGCAUGGUCAUAUCGCCCGCUCUGGGGGCCUAUUUGAUGGAGAGGUGGUCAGUUUCUUUGGUGGUGGCCCUGGCAACGGCUGUAGCCAUACUGGAUGUAUUCUUCAUACUGGUGGCCGUUCCGGAGAGUCUCCCCGAGAAGAUGAGGCUGUCCCCCAUCAGCUGGGAGCAGGCAGAUCCCUUCUCCUCGCUGAGGAACGUGGGUAAGGAUCCGACUAUACUGCUGCUGUGCAUCACCGUUUUCCUCUCGUAUCUACCCGAGGCCGGACAGUACAGCUGCAUCUUCGUCUAUUUGAAGCUGGUCAUGGGGUGGAGCGCCUCCAUGGUCGCCGUUUUCGUCGGCCUGGUCGGGCUCUUGGCCGUCUUGGCUCAGUUGUGUUUAGGCGCCCUAAUGAAAAACCUAGGUUGUAAGCAUACAAUAAUGUUGGGACUGCUCUUCGAGAUGCUCCAGUUGCUGUGGUACGGUUUCGGUACCACCACGUGGAUGAUGUGGGCAGCCGGUUUCCUCGCAUCGAUGAGUUCCAUAACCUAUCCUGCCAUAUCAGCUUUCGUAUCGAUCCAUAGCACCCCGGAUAAGCAGGGCGUAGUGCAGGGGAUGGUCACGGGGAUGAGAGGUCUCUGCAACGGUUUAGGUCCAGCGAUGUACGGUCUGAUUUUCUACAUAUUCCACGUGGAUCUCAACGAGGGGGAGAAUCACGAAGUCAAGAAUAAAGCCCCUGCACUCUUCGAAACGUAUUCUCAGCUGGUACCAGGCCCCCCUUUUGUAUUCGGCGCAUUUCUAGUCAUUUGUGCUUUGCUUACCGCUUCUUUUAUACCGACCUCCAAGAGGACAGAAUCCGGUAGGUAUCGCAUACCUCUAGAUACACACUACGAAGUGGAGAAAGGGCAGAAAGUAGCGGGCACCCUGAGCCCCCUGAUACCCAACAGGGGGAUGGAGAACGCCGCCAUCCUAUAAGACGGUACUCCCCGUCCUAAUUUUGUGUUCUCCGAUCGUUGAGUGGGCGCUCGGGCCAGAGAAGUGUCCCGCGAUGAAUGUUAAUGUGAUAUAAGUAUAAAAGUGGUUUUCUCUAUCUCUCUACCUCCAACGGUCCUCGGUUCAGCCAGUCGCCCUUCUUCUGGAUCGAACGGAGGCAUUGUAGCCUCCACAAACAUGUCGAUCUGUGGUUCGCUUGCAUUGUGACGUGAGAAACGUCAAAAAGUGAGGUUAGCUAUUAAUCUGUCGGAUAAUCAUAGAAAUAAAGAUGUAAGUACAAAGUUUUAUCCGUAUUCCUCGAUCUGUGUUGGUUACGAUGGCUUCGUUUGAUCUUUUGGUCCACCCGACUUUCAACGGCAGAAGGAAGUAGUUUUAGUUGAUGCUGAUUCGGUAUUUCCUAGAGAUAAGGAUGAAUUAACGUUAGAAAUUCCGACCUAAAGUGGUAUUUUAGAGAUUUAUCGUAGAUUGGUAUUUUUCUUCGUUGUUGCGGUUAGGAUUUCGAAGCGAAAAAGCACCCGAUUAGGUUAAACUUUUUUAUCUUUCCUAUUCGAGGGAGUCAGAGGAAAGUUCAGAUUUUUGGGUGGGUCGUGAGUGGAAUGGAGUAUGCGUUUUGUACCUGAACUGCUUCGAAAUUGUUUUUUUUUUCCUUUAUUUAUCUGUUCGAGUUUGUGGGUGAGUCAAAAGGAUGAAUUGGAGCUGCUAAGCAUGUAAUUUAACUGAAUUUCUGGUCGUACUGACCAAAAUCAAUGUUCAAGAAUGUCCAGUAGUUUCGGACUCACCCUGUAUGGGAUUUCUAAUUUUGACCUUUUCGAAACUGCAUAUUUUUGGAUUUGUUUCUUGAUUCACCUCGCCAAUCGAAAUCGACUCAUUUAGAGAAAGAUUCGAGAUGGAAUCUUUAAUUUUUAAUCAUCAAAAGUUAUCCCAGUAAUUUUCAAUUUAACUUUUACCAUAUGAUUAUUUUUUUUUCAUCAUGAUACAGUAGAGCGUGGAAGUUUGUAUGCAUUUUUUUCAAUUUUAAUUUGUUUUUUCCACAAUCCAAAGACUUGGUACAAAUGAACUACUUUUUCACCACUAUCGAAUAAUAAAGCGAUUGGCAUGAUCUAUGUUCUGCUGUAUCCCGAUGAAUUUUUUCCCUAAGUUUCGUGAUGAUAAAUCAUAAAUCCGUGCUGCAUACUUCUCUGGGGGCGUCGUCCUGGGGGCUUUUCUAAAAAAGCAAAUAUAAAAUAUAUCGAAAUGAUAUGUGAUGGCUUGUACAUAGUAUUUAAGUAGGAGCAGAAGAAAUAACAUAUUUAUUUUUUAGAAAAGCUAUAGCUGUUGAAUAAUAUUAUUGUUGAAUUGAUUGACAUUAUCUGAUCUGUUUCGUGUUACUCAAAGAAAACCUGACAUUUUUGGAUUGGUUCGCCAAAGAUUCUGUAUAUCGAUCCUUAUUUUAUGAUGGUACCUUUCACGUUUCAGUUUUUGUAGUGUUUAAAUACUGAAUUGAAUGUCACACUUAUCUUUGAGGAAGAGAAUUGCUCUGAUUUUUGUCCAAAAAAAGUGAUUUUCAACAACGGUUUUCUGGAAAAUAUUCUGGUCCUCUCAGACGAAGCAAACUUGUUGCAAUAUCAUGUGUUUGUGAUAAAAAAAUUUCAUUUUAUAUAAAUUUUUCACGCCCAUGAAGUUAUAUCAAAACUAUACAAAUGAUUGAGUGGGAAUUUUUUUUAUGAAUUGUCGGAAUUCGAGGUCGAUUUUAAUCAACUAUUUAAUUUAUUUUUUACUGUAUUAUGAAAACCAACAAUAAAAUUAGUUACUUUA